UUGGAACUACCACGUGGCAACUUCGCUUAAAGGAUCAUCAGCUGUCACUGUCAGUGACAUAUGUCAAAAUACAAAAAUUUUCCGAAUUUUCAUAUAAUAAACUUACUAAAAAAAAAAUACUACGAAUAAACAAAUAAAACUUUUCCAUAUUAACUCUCAUCUAAUAUCAAUGUUCGAGUCAAAUACAAGCAAUUAUUCGCCUUGUAUUUGAACCGAAUCGCACAUAACCUUAAAGUCGUGAUAUGGACAGGAGAGUGGACGAGAGGUUUAGGAAGCCCAGGCGUACCAAAGGGACCCCGUUUUAUACGCAAAGGAAUUAUUGGGCGGCAGGCGGGAUCGCUCUAGCAGGUCUGUCUUGGUUUUUGAUGGAAUUGACUCCUGCUGCUAAAAAAGUCAGAGCUUGGUUGAAAGAGCAUACGGAGUCCGUGUUACUUUUGGACCGCAGACAGCACUUUCGUGCCUCCUUCGAACAGCCCGCUCUCAACAGUCUCCUCACUAAACUAAGACAGAGAACUGUGUACCAGGAUGAACCAGAAGCAGACUCAUUAUUCUUCCAAACCGCUAUCGAACAUCAAAAGAGGAGCGAAAAAGACCAAAACGAAGAGCAAUAGUCAACAGUCCAACACCGUGUCGAAAUAUUUUAAAUCGUCGGAAACACGCAAAGUCGAAGAUAGUGACGAUGACUUUAGGUCCCCUAUUAAGCUGAAGAAGCCCGUAAAAGUGGCAUGGAAACUCACCAAGGAGCCUCCCAAAGCAAAAACUGGCAAAAAACUUGUUAAGAAACAAAGCAAAUUGGUCAUAGAAAACUUUUCUUCUGAUAAUGUCAAUCCGGAGCAUCUUCAAAUGGCUCUGGCCCUCUCGAAGUCUGAAGAAAAGAUUCAAGAGGACACUCCGGAUAUUGGAGCCAUAUUGCAAAACGUUAAACCGACCAGUUUGGAACGAUUCGGAUUUAAAGGGAAAAAAGUGUUAGAGGGGGACAGUUGGAAGCCUCGAGCACCCCAGGUGGGACCCAAAAAGGGAAGAAAUCGUUUCAAGUAUGUCACCCCAAUAUUGAACAUGCGCACCUCAGCUGACCGGGAACAAUUGAUUAACUCAAAAAUAUCCUUAAUAUUGAACCAAAUGAGCCUCGAAACAAACAAGACUGAUAAGGUUGAAAUAUUUAGUGAAAGAUUGCAUGGAUUAGCUUGUAAUGAAUGUAGAUUAUUUAAGUUUGAUUAUGCUUCCGAUAAUUUUUAUGUAUCAGACUUGAACUUCUCUAGAAGGCGAUUUAUAAGUUUACUGAGGGAUUGGGGCACAAUAAUUGGCAGAGAAAAGAGUCCAGAGCUACCAAAAAGUCCUGGAAAAAGGAGUAUCUCGCCUGAUUUGUUUGCUUCAUACGAGGAGCCACCAGAAGCCCAAGAAGCUUUCUCAAUUAGUACUAAUGAUGAAAUUGUUAGUACUAAAGAACCAAUUGAUGAGAACGAAUGUAUUUUGAUAUCAGACAGUUCAGAGGAACCUUGGGCAGCUCGUGAUGAAGAACAUCUGAAUGUCACCGAUUAUAUCAAAACACUUUUAAGUCAAGAUCGUUAUAGUUUCGAUAAUAAUGCCACUGCCACUUUGAAUAGCAAAGAACUAGAUAAAGAAUCUAUAGGAAGUGAGGAAUCGGAUGUUUGUAAAAAUCCUGUAAAAGAUGUAAAUAGCAGCCAGGAAUCCGUCUUGAAUGAUGAAGAGCUGAACUAUUCCACCCGUUAUGCAGAUUUUUUUAAUUGCACGAAUGUCAUUGAAAAUCUUAAUUUUUCUGUAAGCUCUUUGAGCCCAAAAAACGGCAGCCAAGAAUCAUUGUUGAACGAUGAAGAAUUGAAUUAUUCUACAAGCCGUGCAACUCCGUCAAAAACCAGAAAUAGCAUUCAAUUGUCUGCCACAAAUGAUGAAACGUUAAUCUAUUCUCUAGACUACUCGACUCCAAUCAAAACCUUAAAUAAUGAGGAGCUAAAUUAUUCCAUCAAUCAUGAAAAUGAGAAUUUUAUGCGCCUAAAAACGAGUCGAGACAAUAAGUCUUCCUCAUAUUCAAUCGAAACCUUAAAUAAUGAGGAGUUAAAUUAUUCCAUCAAUCAAGCAAAUGAGAAUUUUAUGAGCCCGAAAACGAGUCCAGACGAUAAAUCUUACUCAAGUUCAAUCGAAACCUUAAAUAAUGAGGAGUUAAAUUAUUCCAUCAAUCAAGCAAAUGAGAAUUUUAUGAGCCCGAAAACGAGUCCAGACGAUAAAUCUUCCUCAUGUUCAAUCGAAACCUUAAAUAAUGAGGAGUUAAAUUAUUCCAUCAAUAAUGAAAAUGAGAAUUUUAUGAGCCCAAAAACGAGCCCAGACGAUAAAGCUUCGCAGUCUCUUCUAAUCCAAGAAAACCCCAUAGAAACACCAGUGAAUAGCCAAUACAUAAUCAAAACCAGCGAUAUAACUCCCAUGCCGAAUUACGAUACAAUGACGACCCCGUUGAUCGUUAAAGAGUUGGAUAAAAUUGGUGUGAAGCCCUUAAAAAGGCUCCAAGGGGCAAAAUUAUUGAAGUACAUUUAUGACAGCACUCAUCCCUUUGUCGACAUUGAUGAUGAUAGGCCUGCCAAGAGGGCCAGAUUAGAAGAAACUAAGGUGGCAAUAGAGAUUGUUGGAGACAAGUUGUUAGAAAAGCUAAUAAUCAUCAAGUUUUUCUUGUUGAUUCGAAUUUUAUAAAUGACUUCUGUCUUGGUGCAGGACGAUUCAAUAGUUUGUCAAUGUAAAAAUCAUAAGAAACUAGGCACGUAUUAUCUGUUUCUGUAGUGUACAGAGUGGUGCAAACACCACUGUAUUUAGGCAUCAGUAGGCCAGUUGUGCACCUUUGUUGAAGGAGUGGGAGACCUCUCACUCAACUCGUCAUUUAACCCAGUGAGAGGGGACUUUUGGGGAGAUUUAUGACGAAACCUCUACGUUUCAGCCUUUAAGCAUAUUUUUAAUUAAUUAUAGUAUUGUUAAGAAAAAGUCGAAAUUAUUCUGUUUAAAUGUUACAAUUUGUACGAAAAUUAUUAUUCAAAAUACCACUUUUGUAAAUGUGCUUUUAAAAAAAAAAUACAUUUUUUUUAAUCAUU